UCUUCUGUUCUCCGCCACACUAAUCUCCCAGGAAGAGGAGCGAGCAGCCAAAAAAAAAAAAAGGAGGAAAUGGUAGCGCUGAAGCAACAGAAGCGGCUCGCCGCAUCGGUGAUGAAGUGCGGGAAGGGCAAAGUUUGGCUCGAUCCAAAUGAAACCGCCGAUAUCUCCAUGGCCAACUCACGCCAAAACAUCAGGAAGUUGGUGAAUGAUGGUUUCAUCAUCAAGAAGCCAACCAAGAUCCACUCUCGCUCCAGGGCUCGCCGCAUGAAGAUUGCCAAGAUGAAGGGUCGUCACUCUGGAUAUGGUAAGAGGAAGGGUACACGUGAAGCUAGGUUGCCAACAAAGGUACUGUGGAUGCGCAGGAUGCGUGUGCUAAGGCGUCUCCUGAAGAAGUACAGAGAGUCGAAGAAGAUUGACAAGCACAUGUACCACGACAUGUACAUGCGUGUUAAGGGUAACGUGUUCAAGAACAAGCGUGUCUUGAUGGAGAGCAUCCACAAGUCCAAGGCCGAGAAGGCCAGAGAGAAGACCUUGUCUGAUCAGUUUGAGGCUAAGAGGGCUAAGAACAAGGCUAGCCGUGAAAGGAAACAUGCUAGGAGAGAAGAGCGUCUCGCUAAGGGUCCUGGUGGAGAUGUCGAGCCUGCGACUGCACCACCACCAGCUGCUGCUGCUACUACUGCUCAAACCGAGGUACCGAAGAAGAAGUCUAAGAAGUGAAGAGGAUAGUCAUCAAGCCUCAGUUCAUUUACUUGACUUUGAAGAAGUUUUUUGAAUGUUUUAUGAAGUUGGUUUUGUUGAAAUACUCUCUUGGCUCAGAAAGACAUUAUUGUUAUGUUUUUAAAGAUUUUUUAGCUUAUCAGUUUACUUUCUUUUCGAGACA